AUGGGUGUCCUUGCCAAAAUCGAAGACAGACCUACGCCGCCAUGCGUCUACAACUGGCGUGUGUACCUUUCGGCCGUCGUUGCUGCCUUCUCUUCUUGCAUGAUUGGUUAUACUACUUCGUUCAUUGGCACGACAGUCGCUCUUGAUUCAUUCCAAGAAUACUAUGGUCUUGACAAAUUGGGCGAUUCGAAGUCUAGCUUCAUUUCUGCCAACAUCGUCUCUCUUUUCCAGGCUGGUGCCUUCUUUGGUUCCAUCUUUGCAUACACCACAUCGUACUUCCUUGGCCGCAGGGCGAGUAUCUGGAUUUUCAUCACAAUCUUCCUUGUUGGUGCUGGCAUCACAUUGAGCCCAAGCCACACAUUGGGUCCCCUCUAUGCCGGAAGAGUCAUCUCUGGCUUCGGUGUAGGCGGAUGUACCAUGGUGGUUCCAAUUUACCUUUCCGAGAUCGCUCCUCCCGCCAUCCGUGGUAGACUUGUCGGUCUUUACGAACUUGGAUGGCAAACCGGUGGCCUCGUAGGCUUCUGGAUUAUCUUUGGUGUUUCCGAGUCGUCGCCCCUUACUGGAAGAGAUCAAUUCUUGGUUCCUUUCGCUAUUCAACUCGUCCCGGCCGGUAUGGUAUUGAUCGGAAGUGUUAUGCUCAGAGAGACGCCACGCUGGCUGUUCAGCAAGGGUCGCCGUGAGCAAGCCAUCAAGAACCUCUGCUGGAUCCGUAACCUCGAACCCACCGAUCAGUACAUCAUCGAAGAAGUCGAGAUGAUGGAGGCCGCAAACGAUGAGAUACCCAAAGGAUUCUUCCAGCCCAUCAAGCUCGCACUCACCGACAGAAAGAUCUUGUGGCGCCUCUUCCUUGGACAUAUGCUCUUCGUCUUGCAGAACUUCUCGGGUAUUAAUGCUAUUAACUACUACUCCCCCACCAUCUUCAGAACUAUGGGUAUCAACAGUAACUAUACCGUCGACCUCAUGACCGGCAUCUUCGGUGUUCUCAAGACAGUCAUGACAGUCCUCUGGCUCACCGUGCUCGUCGAUAAAUGGGGCCGCCGUCAACUCCUCGUCUACGGAUCCAUCGCAGGUGCCUCAUGCAUGUACAUCAUUGGCGCCCUCAUCACUGCCAAAGUUGGCCAAGGCAACCAAGAUACCUCCCACCUGUCUUCCCAAGGUAUCGCCACAAUCGUCAUGGUAUACCUCUGGACAACCUUCUACAUUCCCUCCUGGAACGGUACUCCCUGGGUCAUCAACUCGGAGAUGUUCUCAACCGCUUCUCGCAACGUGGGCCAAGUUUCCGCAUCCAUGGCCAACUGGCUGUGGACGUUCAUCAUCGCUCGCUUCACUCCAGACAUGAUUUCCGGCAUGGGACCUGAUGGCUGUGGCAUGUAUUUCUUCUUUGCGGGUAUGAGCACGUUGUCAUUGUUGUUUGUGUGGUAUCUGUUGCCAGAGACCAAAUCAGUGCCUCUGGAUAAGAUGAACAGGUUGUUUGAGAUCCAGCCGCCGAGAAAAGCGCAGCCGAUUUUGAUGCAGGAGUUGCAGGAUGAGAAUUUGGAAAUGAGUGUUGCGAAUGGGAAAAGGAUGAGUCAGUCUUCAGAGCAUAGGGCGUAG